AUGGUACAUGAUUAUGAGGGUGACAAGAAUGAGUAUGUCGGGCGGUCCCUUCACUUUUUGAGGGACAACCCGAGGUCUAAUAUGACUAAGGGUGAUAUCCUACGCAUGCGACAUCAAUAUGAGAUUCAUUCUUCUAUACAAAUGCGACUUCCAACUAUCGCUGAGCGCCCCGAUUGGGAUAGUGGCGAUUGGGUUUGUAUGUUAUUGUUGGGUAUAGAAGUCAUAGUUAGAGUGAAGGGUAAGAGGGUUGACCUUGUAGAUUUCAAGUCAAGUUAUUAUCUUAAACAACACGAUACAGAUAAGGGUCGAUUUCUAUUCACUCUUAGAGCGAACAAAAAAGCUUGGGUAACGGAGCUGGUUCCUAGCAACAAGAGGGGUUGGAGGAAGAAAUAUUGUUUUGUCAAAGGUAAGGGGCUCACUCGAUGUCCUCGAGGGGGGUGUUACUCUGAAGCUCGAGUUAACGACUUGCUCUCUAUUCCUUCCGAUCAAAGAGCCCAUAACAAGCUUCUUGUUUUGGAUAAAUCUUGUGUUGGAAAUUUGUGGAGAGGUGCGCAACGUCAAGAAGACCGUUAUUAUAAGAGGAUGACUUUCAAGGUUUGUGGAGCGGAUGAUGCUGUUGCUAGGGGUAAGACUAAUUUACUUGGAAAGAGGCCUAAGAAGACCACAAGUCAUGUUGUGAAACCUCGAGUUCCUGCUAAGGAACAUGGAACCGGUAGCUCUCAGUUGCCAGCUGAUGGUGUGGUUGCGGCUUCUCCACUGAGGGGUGACAACGAGUUUUCUAUUAAGGAGAGUAUGAUCAACCUGUCCAUCUCUUCCAACAUUUCGGCCUACUCUGACCCUGCUUCUAUCGAAGGUCAUGUUGAGGCUCUUCUCCAUCCGAGAGAUGAAGAGCGUUUGAGGGGCAUCGGAGUUGCGAGGCGAGAGAAUUACGGUGUUUCUACGAUUUACCAAGCUAUUCAAGCAGUCCUCUACUUAAGGCGUGACACAAUUUCGCUUGAUCAAAAGAACAGAGCUUUGAACAAGGAGCAUUCUAGACUUAGAAAGGAAGUGGAGAACUUGAAACUGGAAGGAGAGACUACCAAAUCAUCAUAUGACAAGCUAAAACAGGAUUAUUCCUCGUUGAAUACUAGGGCUGAACAUUUAGACCCGCAAACCCGAAAAACCCGGCCACCCGCCCCGACCCGCUGCCAAAAAAACCGAAAACAUUAAAACCCGUGUGGUCGGGUCAGGUUCAACCCGAAAUUACCCCACACGGGUUUCGGGUUCGGAUAUUAAAAAGUUGUUUUUUUUAAGUCGGGUUCUAACCCGUGACCC